CGCGCCGCGGCGGUCUACCAACAAAGCGUCGUGGAGCACUGUCAAAAACACCCUACUGGCGAGGAUGGCUGCGUGAAAUGCUUUGCAUUAAAUAUAUGAUAAUACUACGAUCGAGGCGUCGCUGCUCCAAUUAUUAUAUAGAUAUUCUCUGGAUGAUAUCUCUGCAUUAUAUGUAACCCUUUCAAGAGGAUCCAUGUCUUUUCUUCGUUGGGUAUCUGAGAAAUUGAGUGUGGAGAGCCUGCGGGAUUUGGAGUUAUUUGGAGAGCAAGCUCAGGGAUUCUCUCACAGGAAAGCCCAUGAAGACAGUCAGGAGAGUCUGACCUCCUUCCCACAUCGGGACACGAUGGGCAGCUUCCUCCCUGAUAGCAGCUCAUAUGAGCUCCUGACCGUUAUUGGUCGGGGCCUUGACGACUUGAUGACAGUGAAUCUGGCUCGAUACAGACCGACUGGAGAGCACGUAGCCAUCCGACGGAUUGACUUGGAGUCGUGCACCAAUGACAUGGUGGCCUACCUGCAGAGCGAACUACAUGUGUCUAAGCUGUUUCACCAUCCCAGUAUUCUACCAUACAAGAGUGUCUUUAUAGCUGAAAACGAGCUGUGGGUCAUCACCCCCUUCAUGGCUUAUGGGUCAGCCAGAGAUCUCAUUUGCACACAUUUUACUGAUGGUAUGAGUGAGCUGACCAUCGCCUACAUUUUGAUGGGCAUGCUCAGAGCUCUUGAAUACAUUCACCACAUGGGAUACGUCCACAGGAGUGUGAAGGCCAGCCAUGUCCUGAUCUCAGCUGAUGGACAGGUCUGUAUGUCAGGUCUGCGGAGCAUCUUCAGUCUGAUCCGUCAUGGUCAGAGGGCCAAAGUGGUUCAUGACUUCCCCCAGUACAGUGUUAAAGUGCUGCCUUGGCUUAGCCCUGAGGUGCUACAGCAGAAUCUGCAGGGUUACGACUCUCGGUCAGACAUCUACAGCCUCGGGAUUACAGCCUGCGAACUGGCAAAUGGACAUGUGCCCUUCAAAGACAUGCCAGCAACACAGAUGCUGCUGGAAAAGCUAAAUGGGACGGUGCCAUGCUUGCUGGACACCACCACUAUUCCACCAGAGGAGCUGUCUAUGAAACCAUCCCGCUCUGGUGCUGACUCAGGGAUCUGUGAGGGCCCGGGAGUUGGAGCAGUCAGACACACCAAUGGAGAGCCUCCGUCCUCAUCAGCAGGACACCCCUACAACCGGACAUUCUCCCCUCACUUCCACGGCUUUGUUGAGUUGUGUUUACAGCGAGAUCCAGAAAAGAGACCAUCUGCUACCACUCUCAUAGGCCACCCCUUCUUCAAACAGAUCAAACGGCGGCCAUCGGAAGCACUGCCUGAACUGCUACAGCCUGUGUCACCAAUCACAAGUUUUGAAAACUCCCAGCCACAGGACUCUCCCUCUGGGUUGGCCAGUCUGGAAUCGGGUCUUAGCCACCUGGAGGUGGACGACUGGGACUUCUGACAAUGGAGAAUUUGGUGGGAAGACACCUGUAGGAUAUGGAUGGAAACCUCUCUGAGAAGAUGGUGUGAGAUUUGUUUUUGUCAUGUAAACAAUACAAAUCUCAAACUAAAAGGACUUGCUGUCCUCAAACAGGGAGUUAAAAGCCAGCAGCCGUCUUGCCUCUUUUUGAUGUCUCUUGCACGCUUUUGUUCUCUAGAUAUGCACAGACUCUGCACUGCACUGAUGCCCUCUGUUUUCCACACACUUGUUUACAGAUUGUACUCUAUUUGCAAAGCACUUGCAGUCAAUGUACAGGUUCCUAUUACUUACUGCUACUUCUGAGGUGAAACAUAUUAAGGGUAAGAUGCUACUUAAUAGUCAGAGGGGACUCUCUACCUCUUGUUGGGACAAGAUAAGUGGAUGCAACCCAUCUGCUCACCAUAAGUUAGCUCUCUAUAUGAGACGGUGGACAUUGUCCCAAGGGCCAAUUUAAUAAAAAGCAUCUAUAUGCAUUUCUUAGAUCUUUGCCUGUGUUGUGCAAAGUACGACUCAUGCUUAACACCCAUGUACACAGAGUAUAACAUCUGAUCAGUUAAACCGUUGGAGCAUAGAAGUGUGUAUUCUCUUGAACUUGCUGCUGGGUGUAAUGUUAUGUCAAAAGUGAAUGUUACAUUGGUGCUUGUUUUGCCUGCAUGUAUUUGAAAGUGACGACAAAGCGCUUGCAGAAAUGUUGCAGAAAUCGAUUUUUACCAAUAAACAUUGUUCACUUCAGUGUUUUAACUUGAAGGCACGACGCAAUGAGGCAAUUACAGUAAAUAUCUAAAAGUCAUUUAUUCAAAAUGUACACACAAACAGAAAGCAUGGGUUGGAAAAGUUUAGAUGUUGCUAAUCCUCCUCCUCUGAUGGUGGUUGCUCAGUGUCUGCAUUGCGUUUCUCCAUCUUGGCAAUUAACUCUGAAAUAAAAUAUAAAUGAAAAAACAUGA